UCAACUCGGAAGAUCUCAAGUUGUUUGGUGUCAAGAGGAGAGAAACUGUAGUGGACGAGGGAUCACAUUUUUUGGGUAAGAUAAACAAGUUAUAUAGCUUGUGCCUUAUUAAAACAAUGUUAAUGUUUUCAAUGAAUUAACACGCAGUCAAGCAGACAAAGACCUGAACAGCAUUAACUGGGAAAACAGCUCUGUUUAUUCGUGAAUAUAGCGUUAUCUUAAAAUCUGAGAGUAACACAUUCUCAUCGCCUCUCCAUGUUGUCUUCUACAGUGUGCGAACAGGAGCCGCUUGAACUUGGCAUCGUCCUUGACUCCUCCAGCUCAAUUUCCAGAAAGGACUUCCAGACAGGCAUCUCAUUCUUGCAGGAAUUUCUCCAGCAGUUCGAGAUCGGACCAGGCCCUAAAGACGUCAGAGUGUCCAUUAUCACAUACGGCAAAGGCAUUUAUCCCUAUGUAAGAAUUCCUGAAAAAACUUCCUUGUAACAGGGGCGAAGGGGGUUAGACAUCAUGUGAUCUGGUGUACCCAGUUUGAGACAUGCUUUCUAAACACGCUAAAUUACAUAGCUCUAAUUUUCAUAAUUACAAAUGUUGCAAUAAUGUAAAUUAUAACAGAAAAAAACAACAAUGUGUUUUCUCAAAUUGUUUCGCGUGCUGACAUUUGGCUAAGUGACUUUAAAACAAGUUUAAAAGCAGGGCUUUCAUUAUGCACAAAAUUCAGAUCACCACAUACAAAUGGCCUGGGGGACGUCCGGUCGACCCAGACGUCCCAUCCAUUAACAGUAACAACUAUUAAUGGGUCACCACAUACAAAUGAACCAAUUAAACUAAUUCCUUAAGUUUGGACAUAGAAAUUGUAACCUACUGCCUCGGGUGCACCUGAAUCUUGCAAAGCUUGAUAAAUAAUGAAUUAAAUUAAAGGUGUGCGAUGAAAUAAAUGAAAUGAGACAUUGAAAAUAUGAUUGAGGAUGUGCCUUUGUCUAAGGGUGAGUCGUAUGUGGCCCAUCACUAUAUCAACUCUUUGUUGUCUUUCUUCUUUAGGACGCCUUUAACCUGACCACAUACAACAGCAAACAGGACGUGAUCACUGCCAUCGGUCGUGUCCCUCACAGGGCCGGUCUGUACACAGACACAGGCUUGGCCAUCAAGUACAUGCACGAGGCUCAGCUCAUCGAUGGUGUGGUCAGACCAGAGGCUGAGAAAAUCGGGCUCGUCAUCACAGACGGUAAUUCUCAGAUGUAAGUUGAAUUUUGAUAAACGUCUUGUGCCUUCAAGAGAAUUUCAAAUAUUAUUUGUUUUUGCUUCACCAGAGAUAAUCUAAAGCGGUCAUCGAAAGUAUGAUUAUUCGAAGGCAAAGAGGCUUAACAUUUUUCAUGAAAUUAACAGUUCAAAAUCGCUUCAUUUAAAAAGCUUUAUAAAAAUAUAAUUUGUUUGUUAUUGCUAUAAUUAAAUCUACUUGCCUUCCGGGUAGGAGCUAUUGGUCGAAAUUAAAAAAAAAAAAAAUGUUUGUUCUGCUUUGGAGAAGAUCAAUCGUCACACGUAAUUUUUUACACACUGCCUUCUAUUGGUAGAAAUUAAUCUCCUAUUUUAAAUGUAUGGUUCGUUCAAACAGUGCCUAAGAAAGGACGAAACCAUAGAGAAAUACAAUAGCAAAAAUAAGACACUCAAAACAGUACCAAUUACAAUUAAUAAGAUUUAAUUUAAUUUUAAUGCAAUUACAAAACGAAAGAAAUAUAAUUACAAAUCAUCAACUUACAGAGUAUGGUAGAUCUUGUACCGGUACACAGAUAAUACAAUGUGCCAAUUAAAAAUGUACAAUGACGAAGGCGAAUAAACACAUAAGUACACAAAGAAUAAUACACGUCUCGUUAAGUUAAACAUAUAUAUAUCUGAAUCUCCGUCUCUGUCAAUCCCUUUAUAUAUGCAGCGUAAGCCCUGCCUUCCAGAAGCUACUCAGGAUUUGUUUACGUGCCUAGAACAAAUCGAGAUCAUUCGGCAAGAUACUAGGAGACAUACUAACCAUGUUUAAUUCGUUGUCGGUAGUAAACACGAUACAUCAAAGACUAAGCCAUGCCCACAACAAACGCUAACGUCUGCUAGGGAUCUGAUGUGAGGUGAAACAAAGUUCAAGCACGGGGAAAGUGUACUACAUAACAUAAUACCAUAAGGAAAUUUUCUCUAAAAAAACUUUUUUGGGGUAUUUUCCCCACAGAUGGAGAGUGACCAAGCAGGAAGCUGAGAAAGCUCGGGCUGAUAAUAUCACCAUGUUUGCCAUCGGCGUUGGGGUUGGCAUCAGGGACUCGGAGCUGCUCAACAUCGCAGGGGACGAGAGCAGGGUGACAAAGGUCAACAACUACGAUUCCUUGGCCAACAUCAAGGAGUCCUUGGCCCACAAAACAUGCAUCAGUGAGUGACAACAUGUUUCGGGGUUUUUGGUUGGUGUGUUUUUUUUUUCUGUUCGUUUUGUGCACUUCACUCAAGUGUUUAAAAAAGUACACUUUUAACCAACGUUUUAUGAAAGUAAGGAUUUUUUAAAAAAAAUGUUUGUUAUAGUAAAGGUGCAGUCUUGUUGUUUUAUAUCCAUUGUCUGAUAGUGUACUGAUAAUAAAAAUCUUUGAACCUGUUUCCACAAUUCUUAAUGGUGCCUGCUUUACCUUCUGUUCACAGAGAAGCCCAAAACAACCCCCCUUCCCCCACUUGACGAACGUAAGUAAAGAAAUAGUUCUAUUUUACUCCAUAAUUUCAUUUCAUAAUGGAUGUUAUUUGGUAAUGAUACACGACACAUUAAUAUGUUGAGAGAAAGUUUUUAUUUCAUCGAAGUCAAUUGAUAAUUUUAAUUAAUAAAGAUCAUGUGAUGAUGUUUGCCAAUUACGUUUACCCACAGCUUGUGGUGUCAAGGACCCAGCCGACAUUUAUUUCGUGUUCAGCCCAUCUCAAUUGGGCCCCGACGCUACCGCCUGGACCACUUCCUUCAUCUCUAAAACCAUCGAUGCUGAGGACUUGAAUGACGGAUUCAGGGUAGGUGGAGUUUAGUUGAUAGGUGGGGUCAAUGUUGAUAGGCGUGGUGAAAUAAGUGAUUGAAAAUAUGUAAUGAAAUAUGUCCAGGCUAUUUUAACUUUGAAAGUUAGAUUCCCUUUUCUUCACCCUGUGAUCAAAAAGUUUUUGGGGAAAAUAUAUAAAGUACUUUUUAUUUCAAGUUCUACUCUUUUCCUGUUUGACAGUAUGGCGUCGUAUCCGGUUCCUGUCCUGACGAUGCUGGUUUCGAUUUGAACGCCUACGACAACGUCGAUGACAUCCGAGCAAGGAUCCGGUCAUACGAGGAAAGAAAACUCCCCUCUCUCGUUCAGGUAAACAUUUCAAAUUACAAACACAAAUAUUGAUUAAACUUAUUACCUUGAAAUGUUCACAAGGUUCAAGUAUCCUUUGUACACUGCAAUCCUCUGAUUUAAAAAUGGUUUAUUCUUCACUGGGCUCUGUAGGAAGAGUGGGGCGGGGGGGGGAGGCAUUCAUUUAUUUUCUUUAUCUCAUGACAUGAUGCCGUUCUCUCUUCCAGAGGCUCGCCUCUGAUGGCUACACUGCAGCUAAGGGAGCCAGAGCUGAUGCCAGGAAAGUCGCAGUUAUUGUGGCCAGCAAAGACAAGAAGCUUGCAGAUUUGAAGGAGGAGGUCAAAAGGCUGGUUGCUGACGGGGUCAAGGUCAGUUGGUUGGGAUCCAUCACGUCUCAGCUAAUUCUUUAUUGUAUAAAAAAAGUUGGUACAUGAAGAGUUACACUGAUCGUGGGCCCAUAAUAUAUAGAAUAAGAUGUUACAUCAGUUCAAAUACGAUAAUUUGAAAAUGGAAGAAAGCACAUUAACAAAUUUUUUUCCUCUUUAAAAUUAAAUUCAAUUAUCUUACAAUGUCACAGGCAAAUAAUCUUUGAUGAAUUUAUAUAGUUGUAUAAUGCGUAAUAUUCAUUUCAUACUCAAUGAGUUGAAAACAACACCCAAGUGCAUAAGUGUGUUCAUCAAUAUAGUUUGGGGCGUGUGGGAGCUAUUCGUCACGGGUGGGUCAAAGUCUAUAUACGCCUUUAACUGGGACGUUUCAUCGAAGGUCGCUCUGUUUGAUAUUUAGUUUAAAAUGUUCUAUUUUUAUGAUGUUAACACGAAAUUCGUCCUGCAACAUUCCUCUCAUAUUCUCUUCAAGGUCUUCAUCGCUGACCCGACUGGUGAAGGCAUCUCCAUCGAAGGAGCCACGACCUUGACCGAACGUUCGGCCGGACAACAAUCUGAUCUGCUCGUGGCUGCUCUGUGUCCCUCA